UUCUCACACUCUCUUGUCACUCGCUUGUCUUUCUUUUGUCGAUCUCUAAUCACUCUUUUGAUAAUCCUAACACACUCUUUCAACGCCUCCUUGAUCUUGCGACCCUUUAACUACCCAAAUCCUCGACCAACCAUGUUUGCGAACAUCGCACUUUUGGCCACCGCCGCCACGAGCGUUCUGGCUCGACCACACGACCCCAAUGCCGAGAAGCCUAUUCCAUACAAAUAUGCCGCCAACAACCCCGAGGCUGUCCUUCCUUUCCAAGCUAUCGCUCCUACCUCCCCGGGAGUUCCUCUUUCACAAUACAGGAAGGGCAAGGUGUUUGACCGCUGGGUCCAGAUCUGGCUCGAGGAUGCCGGCGAACUCGAUGAGGCUCUGUCUGUCCCUGACUAUGCAUGGCUAGCCAGCCAGGGCAUUCUCUUGACCAACUACUUUGGCAUCACACAUCCAUCCCAGCCGAACUACGUUGCCACGUCGGCGGGCGACACCUUCGGAUUCGAUGCGGACUUCUUUGAGCAAAUCGCAGACAACACAUCAUCUGUGACUGAUAUCUUGGACGACAAAUGCGUCUCUUGGGCCACUUACUUGGAGGAUAUGCCGUUCAGCGGAUUCGAGGGUUUCGAGUACAAGAAGCAGAACACUCAAAUCAACGGCUACCCAAACCUGAAGGUGGACGACUACGUCCGCAAGCACAACCCGCUCAUCCAAUUCAACUCGAACACCACUCCGCUCCGCCUGUCACAGCAAAAGAACUUUACUUCAUUCGAGAAGGACCUCAACAACCAGAUGCUGCCGCAAUGGAACCAUCUUACUCCAAACAUGACCAACAAUGGGCACGACACUAACGAUACGUUCUCCGGUGCGUGGGCCAAGAGUUUCCUGGAGCCCCUGAUGGCCAACGAAUACUUCUACAGCAGGACUUUGAUCCACCUUACCUUCGAUGCGACCAAGGCUCGUAACGACAGCAACCGCGUCUACAGCGUCCUUCUCGGAGGCGCUGUACCGGAACAUCUCCGAGGCACCAAGGAUGACAGAUUCUACAACCACUACUCGGCACUGUCGACCGUCGAAGCCAACUGGGAUUUGCACACUCUCGGACGAUGGGACGUCGGUGCCAACGUGUUCAAGCUUGUUGCAGAUGUUACGGGAGAUACCUACCGUGACUUCCCCGAGGUGACCGGUCCCAACCCAAGCGUGUUCUUGAACACCUCGUGCCCCGGGCCAUUCACUCUCACCAGCCCGAUCGACGACCACAACAACAAACCAUACCCGAUCCCCAACACGAACGUGCGCUCUCCCAAGACCGGACGCACCGUGCUGCCCAGCAUCGUGGACAUGUACUCUUCCAUGCAGGACUCGCCGAGGAUGUACUACAAUGAUGGAGUCAGGAUUCCUGAUGGAGACCACCCUCCACCAGGCUAUUAA